UCAACGCCGUGUGCCCGACUCCUCCCCCCCGCGCGUGCCGACGUCGAAGCCCUAACCGGCGCUGACGGUUUCUCCCCCCACCUGAGUACAAAACCCCUCGGCAAGGGUCUUGCUUCUCUUUUCCUUUCCGAGCCGAACCCUCCUUCCUCCCUCAUCUCUUGCGGCGUCAGCCUUCUCCAUGCCGAGCUCUGCACAGCACCACUGCCGACGCUCUCCCUUCUUCCCUCUGUGCUGCCAAAGCCGACCAUCACAGUCGACCUUCGUGCCCUAGCACCGUCGCCGGCCUUCUAGCUGUCACCUGUGCCCUAGAUUUUUGCCGUCGGCCUCUCCUUCCCGAGCCGCACUAGGUGUCGCCACUUUGCCCUAGCCGUCACAAUGAGGGGGAAACCACCUGAUUUCCACCGGAUUUCUGGCGCCAGCCAAGGUGUAGCCGACAGAAGCUAUGCCCUAGCGCCGACUGCUGACUACACCCGUGCCUUAGCACUGUCACCAAAUUUUUGUUCACCUCCGAUCAGUGGAGAGGGAGAAGUGGGAAAGAAUCCAGCAGGGAGAUCGUGCUCUCUGGUGUUCUUGGUCUGGCCCAUCUUCUUCCAUCGUCAACAGUGGCUAGGUAGUGAGGUUUUCAGCCGUGACAAUAGGGAAUUCCUCGACCUUGGAUUAAUAGUGAUACAUCCUGGAUUUGGGACUUUGAUGCGAGAUGAGUAUCUCGACGUCGGAUUUGGACCGAUUGGACCUUUCUUAUUGGAGGUUGAUGUUGUCAGGAGAGAGUUCCAGUUGCUAGUCCCCUGUAGACCACGAGGACGUCUAUUGGUCCUUGAGUUUUCUUUAAUUGACUAUGUUUAGACUUGUUAUGUUUUGGAUACUUUGGAUCAUGUAUGGAUUGCUAUUAUUUGUC